GGGCUUACGGGGAGGAGGCGGGGCUUGGGGGCUGCGGAAAGUCCGAGCUGAAAGCUUGGGGAUCUAUCUCUAGCUGAGCUAGGGGUCCUAUCUCCUGAACUCACGAAAGAUACCCCUGCUGGCUCUCUGCAGACGUGGCUGACUGGUUCAGGGCCCGCUGUCACCCACCCAGAUCGCCCAUCACUAUCGUCCCCGGAUGCAGUGCAGCCCGCUCCUGCUCCUUCAGCAUUAACCCCCUAAAGGACCUCAAAUCCCCGCUGUGCCUUAGGCAGCAUCACUGAAAAGCCCAGGCGGCCACGUGCUGCGCCGCCACUGCACGGGAUGUGCGAGAAUGGCUUCCCGAGGUCAACGCUAAGGGAGUCCACCCCCACCCGCGGAAACCGUCACGCGGGACGCGAUCGUUGAGUGCUUUGCAAAAGAAACACUUAAAGUAUCAAGAGAGCCUGUUCCACUGAAGUACUGAAGUCAUAAAGAAUGCUGCUAUAAAAAAUUAAUAAUAUGAUGAGAUAAAACCAUCCUCCUCCACCUGCUCCCAGUGCUCGGCAACCAUGAGUGUUCAUCAUGUUUCUGUGAGUUUGGCUGCACUAAAUAUCACAUAAGUGCUAUCGGUUGGAACCAUUGUCUGAUGUAAAGGGAGGAAAGCUCAGACAGCUGGUGAGGGCAGGAGCUAUGUCUGCCGCUCAGUGCUGGUCACAUGGGGUUGCCACAUCUGCAAACUUCCGGGAAGAGUCAUGGGGAUUCGAGUGCUCCGGUUCUCCCUGGUGGUCAUCCUUGUGUUGCUGCUGGUAGCGGGGGCUUUGACCAACUUACUCCCCAACAUCAAAGAAGACAAGAUGCUCACUCUGCGUAGGGAGAUCAAAUCCCCGAGCAAGUCGGCCCUGGAUUCAUUCACCCUCAUCAUGCAGACAUACAACAGAACAGACCUCUUACUAAGACUCUUAAAUCAUUACCAGGCAGUACCGAGUCUGCACAAGGUGAUCGUGGUGUGGAACAAUGUGGGAGAGAAGGGCCCAGAGGAGUUGUGGAAUUCUCUAGGGCCUCACCCGAUCCCUGUCAUCUUCAAACCACAAACAGCAAACAAAAUGAGAAACCGACUCCAGGUCUUCCCUGAAGUGGAGACCAACGCGGUGUUGAUGGUAGACGAUGACACACUCAUUAGUGCCCAGGACCUUGUUUUCGCUUUCUCAAUUUGGCAGCAAUUUCCUGAUCAGAUCAUAGGAUUUGUACCUAGAAAGCACGUCUCUACUUCCUCCGGGAUCUACAGUUACGGAGGCUUUGAGCUGCAGACACCGGGGCCCGGGAAUGGCGACCAGUACUCCAUGGUGCUCAUCGGAGCCUCCUUCUUCAACAGCAAAUACCUGGAACUCUUCCAGAAGCAGCCUGCAGCCGUCCACGCGCUGAUCGAUGAGACGCAGAACUGUGACGACAUCGCUAUGAAUUUCCUCGUCACCAGGCACACUGGCAAGCCUUCAGGGAUAUUCGUGAAACCCAUAAACAUGGUCAACUUGGAAAAAGAAACCAACGGGUAUUCCGGAAUGUGGCACCGGGCGGAGCACUUUCUGCAGAGAUCCUACUGUAUAAAUAAGCUCGUUAACAUCUACGACGGCAUGCCCUUAAAGUACUCCAACAUUAUGAUUUCCCAGUUUGGUUUUCCGUAUGCCAACCAUAAAAGUAAAAUGUGAACCGGAAACAAAGACAAGCCCAAAACACCGCGCUGGGUUUUCAGUGGCUUCUCCAUGCUGUGUGUUUUUGGUUUUAUUUUUGGUUUUUUUUUUCAAGCAACACUAUGAACUUUUAUCUAGUCCAUAAGUCUCUAUAAUAGAAACAAAAAAACCAUAUGCGGUACUUCUAGAAUAUAAAACACAUGGACCUUCAAAAGCCAAGAAGUUGGCCUUACCGGGAUAGGAUUUCCUGUGAAGAGCUUUUGUCCAAGAUGGUGACAUUAUUGUUUACAUCUCGAGACUGCUCCUCAGUUUGUUUGAGCCCUGGCAUUUGCCUCAAGGCCCUACAGCAAGCUGCUUCCAGAGACUCACAAGAGACAAUUUUCAGCUUUUCGGUGAAGGUCGAUUGUUUUUAUUUGAAGCCUGAAAUGCCUGCGGUAUAGGGAAAAGCCAUGUGAGGAGAGUUUAGUCUGAACUCAGUGUUGAGAGCCAGGAAAAUUCCUGGUUGCCGGUGUCUUUCUGGUCCAUCUCACAGAACUGACUGAGCCCAGCACGGUUCUAACGAAGCUGUCAGUGCUGGUGUCUCUGCUGUUACGCCUGUUGGUGACUGGGAGUGUAAGUUUUCAUGGCUGACUGUUGUUUAAUUGGUUUUUAUUGGUUUGGUUUGGUUUGGUUUUUGUGUGAGCCUACUCUGCAUGGAUCACUGAAAUGUGCCAGCCAUGUUUCUUAUAUGUAACUUGUAUGCAACAAGGAAUCAGUGUGUCCCUGUAAUCUGUCACCGCAUAUGACCUUGAGAAUCUACAUUAGUUCUUAUAUUUUACAGAAUGUGUUGAAUAAUGAAUAAAUAUGUAUAAAAAUAACUUCUGGAAGAAUGGUUAAGUAGAAGCUAGCAGAAAUAAAAAACUUUAGUAUCAAAGAUCUUUAUUAUUAAAGCAUAGGCUACCUUGUGAGUAUUUAAUAACUGUAUUGCACAAAAAUGUUUCCAUACAGAACCCAGGAUUUUGUUAGGAUUUUUUUUAAGUCCCAAUUCAUGACGAAAUUUCAAUUACAUGGUUGUUGAAAAUAAAAAGGACUGAGCCAUCAUGUGAGAAGGCAGUGGGAUGCUCUCAGGAGUUCACUGUUCCUACCACACACCUCUCGCUGUGGGAGCCAGUGUCUGUGUCUUGCCUGCUGUCCUUUGGUUUGACCUUGUUCACCACUACUGAAAAGAAAUAAUCUAUCAGGCCUCUGUGUAUCACUUUUCUUCUUCUCUUCAUAUAAGGCGUGAAAAUAGGAGAAUACUGACCACCCAAGUUCCACUGCAAGACCUUCCCGCCGUCAGUUCAGCGUCUGUUUGUCUAACAAUGUAUGUGUGUGUCUUAAUGCAAUCAGAAAUAUAUUUCAUUUGAUCCCAUUAAAACUUAUGUCAGUUACAUGCUUUGUCCACAUUUGGUAAUACACUUUUGCUUCUUGGUUGUCCACAUUUGGUAAUACAUUUUUGCUUCUUGGUCAUCCACUGUCAAAUAAAUAAACGUCAGCUGGCCACUGUGUUAAUAACUGA